GAUUUGCCAUCAAUCCUUUCCCACACAAAAUAUAUUUCAAUUAUAAUAUCAAAUCAAACUGAACACUCAAAAAAUCAAUAAUUAGUUUUUUGACAAAAAGAAAAUCAAUUUGACCAAAAAGAAAAAGAAAAUCAAUAAUUAAGCAAAUCCAAAUCAAAUUACCAAACUAUGUCAAACUCCCUCCCUCCAACUAACACCAUUAGUAGAAGUGUAGAACCUUGAUUGAAGUGUAAACUCAUCAGUCUUGUCUCAUCUCAUACUCCCAUCUACCACUGUCCUCAAUUUCCUCCACGCGCCACCGUCUUCCACAAAAAACCAAAGCAGCGCGUGUCCUUCACCCUUAAAACAGAAUCCCAAAACAAAAAAUAAAACAACCUAAAAAAAUGCUCUCACCUUUCCAAUUAUAGCUUAUCCCUUUCCCUUUGGAUCACACUCACUCACAACCAAACAAAAAAAAAAAAAAGAAACCAAUCUAUCUCUUACACACAAACUUUAACUUUUUUUUGUUUCAUUGUUCUUAUGUUGUUGUUGUUGUUCUAAUCAUUGUUUAAUUUUGUUUCUAUAUGUCUCGUGCACCAAAUUACGAGUUUCAAGAAUGGUGGAACAAACAAAGAGAAAAAGAAAAUCUCGAUCUAUUCGAAGAUAAAUCAGAUCAAUCUUCUUCUCCUUUUAUAACCGUUGAUGUAACCGGUAACGGUAACGAUGGUGGAAGCAGUAAAAACCGUUCAGAUCCAUCGGUUAAAAAAGAGAGAGCACGAAGUGCGAGACAGUUAUCAUGGGUUUGUUUGUUGAAAUUUCAACAAAUUGCCGCAACCGUUGGAUUUAUAUCCAACGGUUUACUUCAUGUUGUGAAGACGGCGAAUCGGAGAAUUUUAUCCCACGAUUCGCCUAUUGAUUCGUCGUCUUCGAGGCUUUAUAGAGCAAUCAGGGUGUUUUUGAUUGUUGUGAUUGGUUUGUUAGGGUUUGAGUUGGUUGCUUAUUUUAAAGGUUGGCAUUUUCGGCCUCCUUCGGUUGGUUCUGCUGAUGUUUUGGGAUUGGUUGCGGUGUUUUAUGCGAGGUGGAUUGAUAUUCGGGCGAAUUAUUUGGCGCCGCCGUUGCAGUGUUUGACGAAUAUGUGUAUUGUUUUGUUCAUUGUGCAAUCUGUGGAUAGGAUUGUUUUGAUUUUGGGAUGUUUUUGGAUCAAGUUUAGGAGAAUUAGACCUAUUGCUAGUGUGGAUUAUGAUGGAAAUGUUGCUAGUGUUGAUUAUCCUAUGGUUUUGGUUCAGAUUCCUAUGUGCAAUGAAAGGGAGGUUUACCAUCAAUCCAUUGCAGCAGUUAGUAUCAUGGACUGGCCAAAGGAGAGAAUGCUUGUACAAGUUCUUGAUGAUUCGGAUGAAGUAGAUAUCCAAAAUCUCAUCAAGGCAGAAGUGCAUAAAUGGCAACAAAGGGGUGUUCGGAUUAUAUAUAGACAUAGGCUUAUGCGUACAGGAUACAAGGCAGGGAAUCUUAAAUCUGCAAUGGGUUGUGAUUAUGUUAAGGAUUAUGAGUAUGUGGCAAUAUUUGAUGCUGAUUUCCAGCCAACCCCAGAUUUCUUAAAGAAGACGAUACCUUAUUUCAAGGGAAGGGAUGAUUUGGCAUUAGUCCAGGCAAGAUGGGCAUUUGUGAACAAGGAUGAAAACUUGCUUACAAGAUUACAGAAUAUCAAUUUAUCUUUCCACUUUGAGGUUGAACAGCAAGUUAAUGGUAUCUUCAUCAACUUCUUUGGUUUCAAUGGAACUGCUGGUGUAUGGAGAAUAAAGGCCCUAGAGGAUAGUGGUGGCUGGUUAGAGCGAACAACUGUUGAAGACAUGGACAUUGCUGUUCGAGCUCAUCUCUGUGGGUGGAAGUUUAUUUUUCUCAAUGAUGUUAAGUGCCUCUGUGAGCUUCCAGAGACAUACGAGGCUUAUAAAAAACAACAGCACCGCUGGCAUUCUGGUCCGAUGCAAUUGUUUCGUUUGUGUUUUGUUGAUAUACUUCGCGCUAAGAUUAGUUGGCCAAAGAAGUUCAAUUUGAUAUUUCUUUUCUUCCUGCUGAGGAAGCUUAUUCUGCCAUUUUAUUCGUUCACCCUCUUCUGCAUCAUUCUUCCAUUGACCAUGUUCCUUCCGGAAGCUGAACUCCCAGCAUGGGUUGUUUGUUACAUUCCUGGAGUCAUGUCUAUCCUAGGUGUUCUUCCAGCCCCACGGUCAUUUCCAUUCAUAGUACCUUAUCUUCUAUUUGAGAACACUAUGUCAGUAACCAAAUUUAAUGCAAUGAUAUCUGGAUUAUUUCGCUUCGGAAGUUCUUACGAAUGGGUGGUUACUAAAAAAUUGGGAAGAUCAUCAGAGGCAGAUUUGGUUGCCUUUGAAAAGGAAUCCGAACCUCUAAUGCGAUCCAAUAGUCUUCAUAGAUCUAACUCAGAUUCAGGCAUUGAAGAACUAAGCAAACUAGAACUUUCAAAGAUAGCUCCGAAGACGAAGAAAAAUCGUCUCUACAGGAAAGAACUUGCUCUUGCAUUUAUUUUGUUAACUGCCUCAGUUAGAAGCUUACUAUCUGCUCAAGGAAUUCACUUCUACUUCCUAUUAUUUCAAGGGGUAAGUUUUUUGGUUGUUGGUCUUGAUUUGAUUGGAGAGCAGGUUAGUUAAGCUCCAGCUUUUAGUGGAUACGAAACUUCCUCUCAGAUCCUCGUUGAUUCAAGAUAUAAGGUCCCAAUGGCCAAAACCUUAAACCUAUCUCAGAACAUACUGAUUUUGAGCCUAAGAUGUUCUCAGUGGUUUUGGCUACCAAUUUUAGGCAAAUCAUUGCUACUUGGCACCAAAUUGCAGUACUGUUUGUUUUUUGUUGUAAAGACUACUGCCUCAUUGUUGUUGUCAAGUCAUAUGCUUUAUAAGUUUACAUAAUAGUUGUUUCAGUUCUGAAUGUGGCAAAAUGUGUUGAUACUUGAAGAAAAUAGGUUUCUGACCUGUAAAACCAAUAGACAGUUGCUUGCCUGCCUGAACUGAAAAGGUGGAGAUUGUUAGAUUACAACAUUUGUUAUUCUUUUUCAAUUUGAUAAACUGUACAAUUUCAUAGUUUUAAUGUUUUGUUGCUUAAAUUGUAGUACUAUUUGUUAUCAAGACACUCAUAUUUAUGGUACAAGCAAUAGCAAUCAUGUUUUCAAUUUCA